GAAGGGGGAGGGGUGUUGGGUUCCGACACCGAACGGUCCUUUGCCCACGCAACCUUGCCUUGCUUUCUCCCCACGACAACACUGACGAGGCGUCUCUACCUCGAAUCUACAAACUUGAAGACAGAGACAUACACCCUCACAACACACGGCUCUACUCUCUACCGCUGCUUGCCUUUUCGCGACGGAACACCCAUCCAACACCGCCAAAUCUGCGAAGCAAUCACAAUUUCCACCAUGUCUAAUCCCGCCCUCACCCCAAAGGAGAGACGGAUCGGCAAGGAGCUGAUGGAUAUUCGCAACGACAAGGACAACUCUGGAGUCUUUGCCUACCCGAUCGACGAGUCCAACGUGCUGCACCUGAAGGGCUCCUUUCCUGCACCGCCCGAUACACCCUACGCUGGCGGCCAGUAUGAAGUCGACAUCAAGAUCCCCGACAGUUAUCCGUUCAAGUCUCCCACCAUCAAGUUCAUCACCAGGAUCUGGCAUCCCAACGUCAGCAGUCAAACCGGUGCCAUCUGUCUCGACACGCUAGGCAGUGGCUGGUCUCCUGUGCAGACAAUAAAGACUGCACUGCUCUCCCUCCGCAUGCUGCUCGAGUUCCCGAAUCCCAAGGACCCCCAAGACGCAGAGGUCGCCAAGAUGAUGCUUGAGAACCCAGAGGGUUUUGCAAAAAAGGCACACGAGUGGGCUGUCAAAUAUGCCGGUGCACAGCCAAAGGAGUUCGACACAACAAAGUACAAGCAAGUUGCUUCCGAGCAAGCAAAGGCAAACGACGUCAAUAGAUAUGCGGGCUACAACAAGGAUCUCAUCGACCGUUUUGUCAACAUGGGAUUCGAGCUCGAUGCUGUCGUCGAAGCCUUUACUUACAUAGGCAUCGACCGCAACGGCGGCAUGGACUAUGAGCUGGAGGAGGCAUACCUGGGUGACAUUACCGCCCACCUCCUCGGUGAGCAAUGA